AUGCGUUUCACUACCGUCGUGGUCGCAUCCCUUGCGGGAGCGGCGCUUUCGCUCCCAGUCGCAGUCGACGUAAGCCGACAGUCUCUCUGAAUCAGCGAAUGGGGCUAAUGUUGACAGCAGACCACCGAGAUCGGUCUCGUGAAGGACCUUGAGGGUCUCACAAAGCCAGCCGUCCAGACCAGACAGCUCGGUCGCCUCGGCGAUCAACUUGAGAACCUCUCUAGCAGCAAGCUGAAUGCUCGUGGAGAGCAAGAGGAUGCUUUGAGCGCAGCUCUUUCCAGCAUCGCCAAGAGCAUCAGCGGGCGCCAGGUGGAUGUUCUGGAGAACGCAGCUGGCAUCCCUUUCACGCAAGCCGCCAACGACAAGCGCCAGGUCGACGUAGCUGGCGCGGCUAUUGAGCCCGUCGAGGAGGCCUUCUAA